GAGCAAUGCAUAACACUCCCACCACAAUAAAAAUGAUGUUUAGAUGUUCGAUUGGGAGAUGUUACACAAGUAAGCAAUUGAUAUAGAUCAACCUUAUCUUUAUUCUUCAUCAAUAAAUACAAAACCCAGAUGGAGGCCGAGGACCUUGUACUUGUCACCCUGCCGGAGGUUACAUCAACAAAUCUAGAAUGACAAGUUACAGCAACAGAACAACAUAUCCACAAAAUCUUGGAUCUGAUAUCUUGUUAAGCAAAAGGCAUCGAAAGAAGCAUUGGCAUUCGGACAAGUACUAUUAUUCCGUGGUGGGAAUUUCAAACAUUUUGUAUGAAGAGCAUCAAAUUACUACUAUUCUGUCUGUAAGGGGGGUGAGAGCACUAAUUCACGAUUACCUUAUACCACGCCUGUCAAAUCAUGGAAAGAAAAGCCCCAUGACCUUCACAUGCAAGUUGAUCUGGAUGUAUCUUUCUUGACAAUGAAACUAAUCCCCCUUGCUUCUGUUGCUGACAAAAUAGACAUCUCUAUGUCUUCAGCUCUUCGCUGUAGUUCACCUAUUUUUUGGGCAUAAAACUUGCAAAGGUUUCUAGAUAUUUUCAACAGAUCUACUUGUAGCAUCACAUCUAAUGUUUAAAUCUCAAAAUCAGAGUAUUUUCAAUAACUCCACUUCAAGCUUCUCCUUCCUUGACUAGGUUUUGAUACGAAACAUAGCAACUGAUCAGGGUGAAAUAAUAGUGCAGAACUUCCUGAAGUGUAAGCAAUGCACACCACCUUGAAAUCGAACCAACUUGCGCAGCCAGAUAAAUUCAAAAUCAUGCAAGCAAAGUCAACUGAAUGUUCUGUUGAACAUAUAUUACUCAUCAGAACCUAAUCAUAUAUUAUUAAUAUGACCCUAGAAUGAGAUCAAGAUAACAUACUCUAUCGUGAUUAUAAACCUUUGUAAUAUUUAUUUAAUUGGAGAUUAUGAGAGUCAAUCAAGACAAAACUAACCCUAGAUGUUCCAUAUAUGAUAUGGUUGGAAAAUCCAUUAUACUACACUCCCUCUAUACGAGAAUAAGGUCACGAUUUUGCUCUUUCCGAUGCAAAAAAAAAUCAGAACUAAAUUAUAAAAUAACAUUUAUGUUAUAGUAUUUUGAAACUAAAUCAAUAGUUUUCUACAAAGAAAAGAAUAAGAGGAGGUGACUAGACUAUUGCGGAGUACUUAAUAUUACCAAAUGACCAAUGAACUGGUACCAGUUUU